AAUGCAUGCAGCCGAUAUCUUCCAAUUUUUUUGUUGAACUACCUGCAGUUUCGGAGCUUCUCUAUCCUAUUGAAAGCUGUAGUAGCGUUUCUCUUUCCUUGACGUAGCGUUAUAUAAGCAUGAAAUGGGUAGGAGAAAGGACAAAUCCGACGUGACAAGGGGCCCUGGAAAGAGUGCUCGUCGACAGCAAGAUCCUGAUCUCGCUGAACUUCUUGGCCAGAAGCCUAUUGGAGAUAAAAAGAAGAAAGAUUCAUCGGCUGCGAAGAAACCAGCCAGAGGGAGGAAGCGUCGUCAUGGAGACGAAGCAGAAAAUGAUGUCACUGUGUCAGAUGGUGUAGUAUCAUUUGAAACCGAGACAGAGCCGUCGAAAAAGAAAUCGAAGCAGCAGCAGAAGAAGAAUAAGAAGGCCAAAGUACCAAAAGAAACCAAGAAGGCAGGAAAGAAGUUUGAUUCAGAAUCUGAAGAGGAUGACGAAGAACAGUACUCGAAAGGGCAUGACAGAAGCAACAGUGACUGGCUGAAGCCAGCUGGCAAGAAAGCCAAUCCAUUCGAGGGUGGUGAUGAUGAUGAUGACGAAGAUGACAUCAUGCUGGGUGAUGAUUUCGGUGAUGGAAGUGACGCUGGCAGCGACGGCGAGGUGGAUGGCGCUGCCCCCGACAGUGACGGUGCAGAUGUCGAUGGAAGUGAUAGCGAUGAUGACAGUGACAGUGGCGAAGCGCUCCCCAUUGAAAAACAAUCAAAGAAACUGGAUAGACGGAAAGCUCGUGAUGAGAAACUGGCAGCUGCUGAAAUGCGUGCGAAAACUGACGGCGGUGACAAAAUUUCUUUGCCCACAGAGGAAGAGCUUGAAAAUGAAGAGGAAAACCCGCUUGAGCUCAGUAUGAUCAAUCGUCGUAUUCAAGAAAUCUCGCGUGUACUUGGCAACUUCAAGCAGCUUCAUGAGCCAGGGAGAACGCGUGCAGAGUACCGGCAGAUCUUUCAGAAAGACAUCUGUGCCUACUACAGCUAUAAUGAGUUCCUAGUUUCCAAGUUCGCGGAUCUCUUCCACUCUAAUGAGUUGGUGGAAUUCCUCGAUGCUAAUGAAGUGCGGAGACCUGUCACCAUUCGAACGAAUUCACUCAAAACCAAGCGCCGUGACUUGGCACAGGCGUUGAUUAAUCGUGGUGUCAACCUGGAUCCCAUCGGCAAGUGGUCCAAGGUCGGCCUGGUCAUCUAUGACUCUGGUGUCCCCAUCGGUGCCACACCCGAGUAUCUUGCAGGCCACUACAUGCUGCAGGGCGGUUCCUCUAUGAUCCCGUGCAUUGCAUUGGCGCCACAGCACAACGAAUCUGUAUUGGACUUGUGUGCUGCACCCGGUGGCAAGACUAGCUAUCUCGGUGCAUUGAUGAGAAACACCGGGUUUCUCCUGGCCAACGAUGCGAAGAAAGACCGUUGCAAGGCAGUAGUCGGAAACUUGCACCGUCUCGGUAUUACAAACACCGUCGUCUGCAACUAUGAUGGACGUGCCUUUCCCAAAGUAAUGGGAGGAUUUGACCGAGUUCUUGUGGACGCACCCUGCAGUGGAACUGGUGUCAUUUCGAAAGAUCCAGCCGUGAAAAUGAGCAAGGACGACAAAGACAUUCAACGCUGCUCGCACAUUCAGCGUGAGUUGCUGUUGGCGGCCAUCGACUCCUGCAAUGCCAAGAGUUCUUCAGGUGGCUAUGUUGUGUACUCCACCUGCUCUGUCCUGGUGGAGGAGAAUGAGUCUGUAGUUGACUAUGCGUUGAAGCGGCGUCAUGUGAAGUUAGUACCAACUGGCGUUGACUUUGGCGAGGAGGGAUUCACACGGUUCCGUGAGAAGCGGUUCCACGCAUCGCUCAACUUGACAAAGCGCUUCUACCCGCACACGCACAACAUGGAUGGUUUCUUCGUCGCCAAAUUCAAGAAGUACUCAAACAAAGUCAUUGGCGAGGAGAAGGAAAAGAACAAAGACAAGGAAGAAAAGGAGCAGGAGGAAGAUGGUAGUGAUCAGGAGCAGGAGGAGGAGGAGACUGCUAUGGAAGUUUAAUCUGCUGUACCUGGGUAUACAAUGUGUUCUAUAGACAAGUAGAGCACACAAGCUGUUUUAAAUCCUGUAAAUACUAGGGCUCAAUGAAUAUACAAUCAUUACUGCAUACUGUAUUAUAGAACAUCUUGAACUGCAUAUAACCUUUUUUUCUUUUUUCUUUUUUUGUUAUUGAUGGACAUGGUCUUUGAGUGUAAGACUACUGUAAAUUUCAUAGCGAUUGCACUACUGUUCUCUCAUUCUCUCUCUCUCUCUCUCUCUCUCUCUCUCUCUCUCUCUCUCUCUCUCUCUCUCUCUCUCUCUCUCUCUCAUCUUUCUCUCUCUCAUCUUUCUCUAUAUAUUUUGGCAGGAUAAUGCCAGUGUUCUUUAUUUUACUACUGGCCAGUAUAGCCACCGUGGUUGAAUGAUCUGAUUCUUGCAUGUGUGUCACUAUCAAUAGACUAGAAUGGCUCAGGCUGUGCUUUGCCAUUGUACUGGGUACCACCGUUGAGCCUAGCCUGGCGAAUACUACUCUAUGUUGAACUUCUGACCAACACUGGCAAAGUGCCCCUAGACUAGGCUACAGUCUAGUUGCCUCGGUGUUUGCUCUGUGUCUCUUGCUUGAAUGGGUCCUAUAGUGUUAUCAUCACCCUGUUGUACUUGUAGGAUGUCUAAUGGUGCCAGGUUCACAAAUCUCAUCUGAUUCGGGAGUUUAUCCUGCUGUUCAUGUAUUCAUGAUUUCUGAUGAGUGAUGUUCUUGCAACACAA